AUGAGUCUUUUUGCCCCCGUUCGCAGUCAUAAACUGUCUCACUACAUCACUCUCCUCAUCCUACUUCUAAAUCUGCAUUUUCCACUGAACAGCCACUGCAGUCGAUACUCUGUAAAGCAACCGGUUCUGGACGAUCGCAGAAGAAGUGUUCAGUCCGCGCCUACACCAAACUACUUUAGACAAGGAGGAGGCGGAGAGGAAGAUGGCGGAGUUACUAUUUCGAGUGUUGGCUACGAGGAGAGUCUGCCUAGCGAAUACAACGUACACGAGUCCAGAGAGUCCGGAAAGUCCUAUGAGUAUCCCGGGAGCGAAGAGAUGGAGUUACCUGCUGCAGCGCUUGAAAAUGCUGGAGAGGAUCUGGCGGAGAGUGCACAUCUAAAGCAGAAAAGACCAAAAACGCAGAGAGAUCUACUGCUUGAGGAGCUGUUUUCGAACUACAAGACCCACGAGCGACCCACGGAGAUGCUGGAAACCCCGACUGUGGUGAAGGUAAACAUGAAGGUUUUGGCUAUCUUUUCGGUCGAUGUAAGAACUAUGGAUUACUACCUGGACGCCCUGCUUCGACAAACCUGGAUAGACCCUCGCCUAUCCUGGAACACCACGGCGGGCUUUAGAAACUACACUCAGCCUCUGGUCGCACCCAGACUGAAGGAGAUGCUCUGGCUUCCGGAUCUUUUCUUCCGAAACGGCAAGGACGGUUACCUACACAAAAUGACCCUUCCAAAUUACCUUCUGCGCGUCUAUCCCGACGGAUCUGUCCUCUAUAGCCAGAAGAUUACUAUGCGAUUUGCAUGUCAAAUGGAUCUGCAAACCUUUCCCAUGGACACCCAAAGAUGUGACAUCAAUAUCGGCAGUUACGGAUACACGCUAAGUGAGCUAAAGUUUGUUUGGCGUGAAACUGCCGCGGUGGAGCUGCCGGAGAAGCUACAGAUCUCCGAAUUUAACACGCCUAAAAAUUUUACAACACUUGACUGCACCUCGGUUGCCAAUACCUCUACCGGCGCCUACACCUGCCUGCUAGCCAAGUUUACACUUCAACGACAACUGGGCUCCUACCUUGUCACAACUUACAUCCCCAAUAUCCUCAUUAUCAUGGUCUCCUUUUUGAGCUUUUGGGUGAACGUGGACGCCGCGCCGGCUCGUGUUCCUCUGGGUCUGCUCAGUCUCCUUGGUCUUCUUACUCAGGCCUCCUCCAUGACAACUAGUCUGCCCAGGGUCUCCUACAUAAAGGCUCUCGAUCUCUGGCUGAUAUUUUCCAUCAUCUUUGUCAUCUGUGUACUUGUGGAGUACGCGUUUGCCAUCACAAUGCUGCGACGAAAGCGGAAAGCCAUCUGGCGGAUGGAUGUGCGUCAGAUUGUGCGUGAGGAACUCGUCCGUUGGUCGGCUGCCUGUCAGCAGCACGCAGCCAAGGGCGCCGAUGCGUCCAGGGGGCAGGCGGAUUUCUACACCGAGGUGGAGUCCUUUCUGUGCAUAAACAGCGAGCAAGAGAAGAAAAAGAAGGCGGCGACGACGACGACGGCGAAAACUACCAAGGGAGGCCGUGAACCGCCGGAGUCGGAGAUCGACAGCUAUAGUCGUUUCAUCUUUCCACUCUGUUACGUAAUGUACAAUAUGUUUUACUGGCUUUAUUAUCUGGUCAUUGUCAAACAAACUGAGGAGCCUGAUUAA